GUCGCGCUCGACUACGACUACUUCACGGCGGAGGAGGCCCUGAAGCGCGUGCUCCCCGCGGGCGUCGACGCGCCGACGUCCUUCGAGGCCGCGGGCCACGUCGCGCACCUGAACCUGCGGCCCGAGCACGAGCCCUACAAACGAAUCAUCGGCGAGAUCCUCCUCGACAAGGUCGCGACCGUGCGCACGGUCGUGAACAAGGUCGGCGACAUCGCCAACGAGUUCCGGACCUACGACCUCGAGAUCCUCGCGGGCGACCCGGACACGAAGGUGGCGCUCAAGGAGCAGGGCUGCCACUUCGAGUUCGACGUCCGAAACGUCUACUGGAACAGCCGCCUCCAGGCCGAGCACGGCCGGCUGCUCGAGACCAUCCCCGCGGGGUCCUUGGUCGCGGACUGCACCUGCGGCGUCGGGCCCUUCAGCGUGCCCCUCGCGGCGAAGCGGCGGAUCCGAUGCCACGCGAACGACUUGAACCCGAAGUCCGUCGAGUACCUCCGCGCCAACAAGGACCGCAACCGCUGCGGCGACCUGCUGGAGGUGCGGGGGCCGGGCUGCGCGCGCGACUUCCUCCGGGGCUUGGUCGCCGAAGGACUGCGGCCGACGCACGCGAUCUACAACCUGCCGGCGUCGGGCAUCGAGCUCCUCGACGCGUUCCGGGACCUCGAGCUGGCGGCGCCCGUCGUCGUGCACUGCUACUGCUUCGCCGGCGCGUCCAAGGGCGGCCAGGCGGGCCAGGCCGCGGCGGCCGCGGCGCUGGCGGGCGAGCACUUCGUGCUGCGCUGGGUGCGCAACGUCGCGCCGAGCAAGGACAUGUACUGCGCGUCCUUCACCGUC